AUGACGUCGCAUGGUGAAGAAAUCGAAGAAGAAGAAAUAUCAAGAAUUGAGAAAGGCAAAGGAAAAGAUUGCCAAGGAGGAAUCGAGACAGUUAUAUGCACUUCUCCCAGCAUUGUUUGCCUUACCCAAAAGUUGAUAGCAGAGAUGGUUGGGACGUAUUUCGUAAUAUUCUCCGGAUGUGGAGUGGUGGUAGUGAAUGUGUUGUACGGUGGAAGAGUGACGUUUCCAGGAGUUUGUAUAACUUGGGGUCUCAUUGUUAUGGUCAUGAUUUAUUCUACGGGUCACAUCUCUGGUGCACAUUUCAAUCCUGCCGUCACCUUCACUUUCGCCAUUUUCCGGCGAUUUCCCUGGUAUCAGGUACCAUUAUAUAUAGGUGCACAACUUGUGGGAUCCUUACUAGCGAGUUUGACACUGAGACUAAUGUUCAAAGUCACACCAGAAGCUUACUUCGGAACAACUCCAAUUGAUUCCGCUGCACGAGCGCUUGUCGCAGAGAUCAUUAUUUCAUUCCUUCUUAUGUUUGUUAUCUCCGGCGUUGCCACCGAUAAUCGUGCGAUCGGAGAAUUAGCUGGAAUUGCGGUAGGAAUGACUAUAAUGUUGAACGUCUUUGUGGCCGGACCGAUUUCCGGAGCAUCGAUGAAUCCAGCAAGAAGUCUAGGACCUGCGAUUGUGAUGGGAGUAUAUAAAAACAUAUGGGUUUACAUUGUUGGUCCUAUACUCGGAGUUAUGGCCGGAGGUUUUGUUUACAACUUUAUCAGAUUUACAGAUAAGCCACUCAGAGAACUCACAAGGAGCAGUUCUUUUCUACGUACCGUUUCUCCAAAAAACAAUGCUUCUAGUUCUAAGUGCUAA